AUGCGACUCAUCGGAAACCCAGGAGUUUACAUCCAGAUGUUUUUUCUUUUCAUCCUCUCAGAAGUUGAUCCUGUGGACGGAAGCGGCGGAAUAUCUAAGCGAGAAAUAGCCGAAGCUCAUGGUCCUCCAGUGUCAUUCUUCCCGGAAGAUUUUGCAGAUCCCAAUCACGGCGCAUUUGAUGUUGCCUCGUUUCGUAGCCAUCCGCUGUACGAUCCUUGGAGCAAAGCUUCGAGAUACAUCAAUCAUCAACUGCGAUUCAUCAAGACAAAAUUUGUUCCUCUCAUACCUGGACCACCUGGACCGCAAGGUCCACCUGGAAUAAACGGACCAACUGGACCACAGGGGUAUAAUGGAUCUGCUGGACCUACUGGACCACCUGGUCCUAUAGGAAUGAUUGGAAAUCCGGGUGCCAACGGUGCCAACGGAGCGAAUGGUGUAAACGGUGUUUCCGGAGCGAACGGAAACCCUGGUCCAGCCGGAUUAAGUGGAUCUCCGGGGACAAAUGGAGUGCCUGGGGCAGCGGGACCAGCCGGAGCAGCGGGCAACGGAAGCUCAUCGUCUUCCUCUUCCGGCGGCGGUGGUGGCGGUGGAGGGGGUGGCAAUGGAACGGGUGGCGGCGGAGGCGGCGGAGGAGGCCGCUCUUUCUUCUCGGAUGAUGAUCUAUCAUCAGAUCUUUUCAAUCACAAUCAUGUCCACAAUAACGGUCAGAGGUACCAGCACCAAAUUGUUAAACGAGAAGACCCUAAAGAAUCUGAAGGGUACCCUUGGUACUUUUCUUCGAGAUAUAUUAGCGAAAAAAUCCGAUUGGUUACCAAAUACAUCUCAGUUGCACCUGGGCCACCCGGCCCUGAAGGAAUGCCUGGACCAGAUGGGCCGCCGGGACCGAGAGGUCCUAAUGGCGUGACUGGGCCGACUGGAUUAGUUGGAACGACUGGUCCAAAGGGAGCGAAUGGCACUGAUGGAAAAGUCGGCCAAAAGGGCAUUGACGGUAUUAACGGAACAGCCGGAGUACCCGGAGCACCUGGUGCGAAUGGAACAUCCGGUACGAAUGGUGCGAAUGGAACAGCUGGACCACCCGGAGCACCCGGCGGUGGUGGUUCCUCAUCUUCCUCAUCUUCAGGUGGUGGUGGAGGUGGUGGAGGAGGAGGACGAUCUUUUCGUCUUUACCCCUUGGAAUACGACAGGAAACCAAUGGGCCCACCUUCGCCCUAUGAGGACAAUUCUCUUAGUACAAUGGACCGACUAUUUGAACGAGGAGAAAGAGCUAUUGUUGAUAUAUUUAGGCAACAUUCUGGAUUGGAUCCUUUCUACCAAGCAGGACAUUAUAUUGGCAACAAACUGAGAUUUUUCCAAUACUAUUUCCCACUCACAGGGCCAGCUGGACCUAAGGGGCCUCCUGGAAUUCCUGGAUUAAUGGGGCCACAAGGGCCAGCUGGAUAUGAUGGACCACCAGGUCCUACAGGGCCAGCUGGCCCACCUGGUCCAAACGGACCUCCUGGAAAUGACGGUAUUCCUGGCGUGCCUGGUGUCAGUGGAACUAAUGGAUCGCCAGGGCCAAGUGGGAUUCCUGGAUCAGAUGGUGUUCCGGGCGUUCCAGGCGUUCCAGGUCCGGCUGGAACACCUGGAGCUGGUGGCGGAUCGUCUUCGUCUUCUUCCAGCGGCGGAGGAGGAGGUGGUGGUGGUGGCGGCCGUUCUUUACAUUUGCCACAUAUUCCAGUCUAAAGUUCAUUUAAAGACUUCAAUUAAUUCGUUCAAAAUUUUAUUAUUUAUUUAAAUAACUCAAACGUUUGUUUUUAAAUUAUUCGCUCAGAUACAGUUUAUGUUACUCUUUAAGAUUUAUGAAAAACAUAUAUUUUGAUCAAUCAUGUCUUGUU